CGAGGGCGUCAUCGUCGACGGCGCCGGCAGGCUUCUCUUCUCCACACCCACGUCUCGCUCUCGCAGCCGCGCAGCACCACCCGCUUCUCUCGCACACCUCGCCGGCCGCAGAAUGGCAACUCUGCCGCGGCAAAAGAAGCAGCGCCGCUCCGCGCCCGACGCGGCCGGCGCCGGCGCUGCGGCCCUCGACGACGCGCUCGCCCUCAACGCAGCCGCCUCCUCCUCCUCUCACGCCGCCAACGGCCACAUGCACGCCGCCGCGGGGCCGUCGCACCAGCUGCACUACGAUCCCGAGCAGCCGCCGCAGCUGCCGCCCGGCGCGCUGGCGUACAACCCCGCCGACGCGCCCAUGCUGCCGCGCCGGCCGUACAACACACGCGUGCCCGCCAGCGUGCGCGAGGUCAUCGGCGGACGGGUGAGUGCUGCUCUGCGAUGUGGCCCUCGCUGCGUCACGUGGAUCUGUGCCUCGCCGCCGUGCCAGGGACUGGAGAGGGAUGCGAGACGGCUGCGCGCCGGCAGAGUGGAGUAGCUUGGCUGCUGGCUGCGGCUGCGGCGGCGCGGCGGCGCCAUCUCCACGCCGCUGCGGCGCGCGGCGAUGGCGCAGGCAACGCGUCGCUGGCGCCGCUCCGGCCCACGCCGCAGCACGAAUGGCGUCGCCGCGCCUCUGCUGCCAGUCAGACAUUGCGCUGCAUCAGACAACGGCACGGUGCCGUGUGGAGAAUGCGGCCACACAUCCUGACCCGCUCGCGACGCAGCCGACGCUGAUGACCGGCGCCGCGCCCUCCACACAGGAGCACGAGGUCAUCCUCAUCUCGGACGGCGAGGAGGACGAUGCGCCGCCGGCACAGCCGCUCGCCGCCGAUGCGUAUGCGGGCUCCUACUCGCGCUAUCCUGCCGCACCCGGCCGGACGACGCGGGCCGCGGCGGCGCUGGGCAACGGCAAGGCGCGCUAUCAUCCCGACGACGCCGAGCUCGACGCGACGGCCGGCGUCAAGGCCAAGCGCAAGGCCGCGCUCGACGACGACGAAGCUGCGUAUCCACCAGCAGACGGCGCGCUCGGCGCCGACGUGAAGCGGAGACGGCGAGAGGACCCGGCGACGGGCGGACUGCCAGUGCCCAGCGCAGCAGACUAUCCUCCAGACCGGCAGUACGCGCAACUCGGCGCGUCGACGUCUGGCGCUCUCGACGCCUAUGCGAACGGCGCAGCUGCACGCGCGCCCGCCGCUGCGGUGUAUGAUUCCGGAGAUGCGUCGCGGCAACGACGAGAGGUGCCGCAGCAGGACUAUCCCCCGCGGCCAGCACGCGUCGCCAUCCAGUCGCUGCCUGUCGCGGACAAAGAGGGCCACUUCAUCGUGCGCAAGGGCGAGGACGUCACUGAGCGCUACAAAAUCAUGCAGCAGCUGGGUCAGGGCACGUUUGGCAAGGUCGUCGAGUGCUGGGACCGGUCAAAGCGGCGCUACGUCGCGAUCAAGAUCAUCCGUGCGGUGCAGAAGUACCGCGAUGCGAGCCAGAUUGAGGUGCGCGUGCUGCAGAAGCUGCGCGAGCACGACCCGAACAACGACAACAAGUGCAUCCACCUGAUCGACAUGUUCAACUAUCGCAACCACGUCUGCAUCGUCACCGAGCUGCUCGGCCAGAGCGUGUUCGACUUUCUCAAGGAGAACCAGUUUGCGUCGUUCCCGCCGCGGCAUAUCUGGUCCUUUGCGAAGCAGCUGCUGCGCAGCGUGGCCUUCCUGCAUCGCCUCAACCUCGUGCACACCGACCUCAAGCCGGAGAACAUCCUGCUCGUCGACAGCACGGCGGACGUCGUUGCCCUGUCCAAGCGGCCGAAUGCGCGGCGCAAGCGCGUGCUGCGCAACUCUGAGAUCCGGCUGAUCGACUUUGGCUCGGCCACGUUCGACAACGAGUACCACUCGCAGGUCGUGUCCACGCGGCACUACCGCGCGCCGGAGAUCAUCCUGCAGAUGGGCUGGUCCUUCCCGUGCGACGCGUGGUCCAUUGGCUGCAUCCUGGUCGAGUUCUUCACCGGCGACGCGCUCUUCCAGACGCACGACAACCUCGAACAUCUGGCGAUGAUGGAGGUGGUGCUCGGGCCGAUGCCCGACAACUACCGGCGCAAGGCCGAGUCGACGAAGCCAGACUACUUCCACGGCGGCCAGGUGCACUACCCGAACAAGGAGACGCAGCCGCACAGCAAGCGCUACAUGAAGCGCAUGAAGCGCCUGCAGGACAUCGUCAGCGGGCCAGCGGCGUUUCAGAAGCACAACUCGCGCUUCCUCAACCUGCUGCAGCGGCUGCUGGCGUUUGACCCGGCGCAACGGAUCAAAGUCGCAGAUGCGCUCAACCACCCGUACUUUGACCUCGUCGACUCCGAGUUCCCCGGCCCGCCAUGUCCGGCACCCGGGCAAUAACGCCGCUCAUCACACCUCGCGCACCACCAUCUAGACGACGCUGCGGCGAGACGUGCGCUCUGUGGGCGCCUCCUCUCAGCCCGGCGAGCAGCACGCUUCCCUAAUCAUAUCCCGGCCCCGACCCCUCUCGCUUCCGUC